AAAGCGUCGAGUGCUGCUGGACUAGGAGGUGGAAAGGAGCUUCGGAGGCUCCUGAGGAGAGGAGCGGGUCGCUAGAAGGGGGCGCUGAUUCGAGAGGGGAGGUAGGUUGCGCUUGCGUGCGCAAGAACUUCACCAGGGAUACAGCUGUAAAGCCUCCCAUGCAUUGUUGAAGUAAUGAACAAAAACAGCUGGCGAGGAAGAGAGAAUCAUGUGCGGAGACAUCGGAGGCAAACUUACAAUCCCAGGCCAUACCAGAUACACAACCAUUGGAGCCAUACAGAAAGAUAUGAACAAGAAGAAUUACAAAACUUACAGAAUCCAGGUACAAGCGAAACUGAGUAUCCAUCUACAUCUUCUGGCAUGUGCCAGAACAGUUCAGUGCCUGAAUUACCAGGAUUUUACUAUGAUCCUGAAAAAAACCGUUACUUCCGCUUGCUUCCUGGCCAUAACAACUGCAACCCUCUCACCAAAGAAAGCAUUCAACACAGGGAGCUAGAGUGUCAAAGACUGAAACUCUUAGAAGAGGAAGAGAAACACAUGAAGAAAACAUCCAGAUCUGGCUUGAACUCAUCAGUCAUCUUACGCAAGAGACAGUUGGGUUUGUUUAGUUCUCUUAGUUAUUGCAGGCUGAUCCAUGAAUUAAAAGUGAAUUGCAUGCAGAGAAGAAAAAUAGAAAUUGAAAGCCCAGAUUCUUCAGUUUCUGGGAGCAACAAUUUUAAACUGAUAGCGGCAGAUGCAGCUUCUGAGAGGAUAUUCACUGUGAAUGAUGUAGACCACGGGGGAUGUAAAUAUGGAAUUGUCAACCUCAGUGGCUUGGGGAAAGAUUCUCUUACCGUGGAGAUGCAUGACAAUUUGUACUUCACAAAUCGCAAGGUAAAUUCUGUAUGUUGGGCUUCACUAAGUCAUCCGGACUCCCAUGUUUUGCUGUGCCUCAUGGGUGUUGCAGAAACUCUGGGCUGUGCUAGCCUACUUCCUGCCUCCUUGUUCAGCAACUCUAACACAGGAGACCAACCUGGAAUGCUGUGCAGUUUCAAGAUCUCCACUGCCUGGUCCUGUGCUUGGUGUCUGAAUCCUCAGGCUGAUAACUGCUUCAGCACAGGUUUAUCCCGCCGAGUGCUUGUGACCAAUGCAAUGACAGGUCAUCGACAGACCUUUGGCACUAGCAGUGAUGUUCUUGCACAGCAGUUUGCUAUCCAAACUCCAGUGCUGUAUAAUGGUUGUCGUUCAGGGGAAGUUUUCAGCAUUGACAUCCGUCAGCGCAACCAUAAAGGGCAAGGUUGGAAAGCUAUCCGUUUCUUCCAUGAUUCUGCAAUCACAUCUGUUAACCUUCUGAAAACUGAGCAGUAUCUCAUGGCUGCAGAUAUGGCAGGACAGAUAAAAUUGUGGGACCUGAGAAAACUAAGAUGUGUGAAAGAGUAUAGAGGCCACCACAAUGAACAUGCUGUUCUUCCUUUGCAUGUAAAUGAGGAAGAAGGGCUUCUUACGGCAGUGGGUCAGGACUGCUACACCAGAAUUUGGAGUCUUCAAGAUGCUCAUUUGCUCAGGACUAUCCCUUCUCCAUAUCCAUCGUCCAAGGACUCCAUCCCAAGUGUGGUGUUCUCAUCACAACUUGGAGGCACUCGAGGGGUUCCUGGACUGCUCAUGGCUGUCAGACAAGAUCUGUAUUACUUCUCCUAUAAGACAGAUGAUCCAUAUUGCCUGUAUACCAAAGACAUGGAUCAUUCCACUGUCCUUAGUGACUGAAAUGUUUAAAAAAUGAUGCCUGCCUGUCCUGAAGCUUUUGUUGUACUGACACAGACUUGGAACUUUUCAUCUUUAGCUUUCUGUGGUGCUUUUCAUCUUCAGCAUUUUACCAAAGAUUUUUUCUUCUCUGUUUUGCAAGGACUAUACUUAGUGUUCUGAUGAACUGAACAUUUGGAUCUUUGAGUUGGUUGCCCUCUUUCCAAGCCAUUAAUUCAUUCUCCUCACCUAUAUUGUCAGUGCAGAGAUUGGAAACUCACAGAAUAUUUCUACUGUUUCCGUGUCCUCUGGGCUUUGCAUACUGCCCAUGCUGCAUGUUUGCUCUUUUAGUUAUACAUUGGGAAACUAUAUAGGACUUACCUA